AUGAAAGACAAAACUUAUAAUGUUGAGAUUAUGUUGAAUAAAUCAUGGAAAAUUACUGCUGCAAAUUGUUCCUGUCCUAGGGGUAUUAAAUGCCAUCAUAUAGCCACUCUAGCUCUCUUUGGACAUUACAAUAUAUCAAUUACUGAUAAAUCAUGUACGUGGAACAUUCCUGUCCAAAGUAAGACAGAAACUAAAACUGCAGAAACACUAUAUCCUCCCAGGCCAUAUAAAGCCAUUAAUAGAAAAAUGUCAUGCAAUGAAUCAGAACAGUUAAAGACCAAAUUAAGUAGUUUUGGUAAUACUGUGGGAUUCACUUGGUUUUUACAGGAAGAAAGGCAAGAAGCCGAAAGUAUUGAUAUUCCAUUAAUUGAAGAUAUCAUUUAUUCAGAGGAAAUGAAAAAUUCAAUCGAUAAAAAUGCUCAUUUUCUAAAAUGUUGUCAAAUAAAUGAUGCAACUAUAAAGAAAAUAGCACAUGAAACAAGAGGUCAGGUGCUCAAUGAAAAAUGGUUUCUUGCCAGAAAAUAUAGAAUUACUUCUAGCAACUUUGGCACCAUUAUUUCUUGUUGCAAGAGAAACAAGUAUCCAGAAAGUUUAUUUAAAACACUUGUUGGGGCUUAUAAUUUGGAUGGCAUCAAAUCAAUUCAGUGGGGAAGAACACACGAAAAUAGUGGUAUAGAGUACCUCAGAAAUACACUGAAUUUGGAUGUACAGCCUACAGGUAUUUGGCUGACAAUGUCAGGCUUAUUAGGAGCUAGUCCAGAUGGUUUAAUUGGUGAUGAUGGAAUUGUAGAAGUUAAGUGUCCAUAUACAUUUCGGAAUGAAAAAUUAUCUGAAAAGUUGAAAAAUUCAGAUAAAUAUAUAAUAUCAUAUAAUAAUCAGAAUGAAGUCCUAAUUAAUACUGGACAUGCCUACUACCACCAAAUUCAAGGCUGUCUGCAUAUUUUAGGACGACAAAAUUAUUUCAAAGUUAAAAUUAUUCAGAAACAGAAAGUUCACAAAGAAUAUCUUAGAACUCAAUACUCCACUCUCUUUAAUGAGUUUUCUAUGUAUUUAAAUGUAAAUGCUUAA